AUGUGCUGCAACUACUACGGGAACUCCUACGGGGGCUGUGGCUACGGCUGUGGCUAUGGCUCUGGCUACGGCUGUGGCUACGGCUCUGGCUAUGGCUGUGGCUAUGGCUCUGGCUAUGGCUGUGGCUAUGGCUGUGGCUAUGGAUCUGGCUACGGCUCUGGCUAUGGCUGUGGAUAUGGAUCCAGAUAUGGCUGUGGCUAUGGCUGUGGAUACGGCUCUGGCUAUGGAUCUGGCUAUGGCUGUGGCUAUGGAUCUGGCUAUGGCUGUGGCUACGGCUCUGGCUAUGGAUCUGGCUACGGCUCUGGCUAUGGCUGUGGCUGCUGUACCAUCCGACCAUGCUGCUACCGACAAUGCUAUUCCUCUUGCUGCUAG